GCCUUUCCGUUUUGUUCACCCUGAAACGCGAGGGGCGAUAAACGCGUUUUGGACGGCAAGUUCUUGGUUGAACCACCAACCAACCACCACUUGGGCUCACAUUUCUUCUCUGAGUGAGUUUCAUUUAGUUUUUAAAACAGAGAGAAUCAAUUUUUUUAAAGGAAAAAAAAAAUCAAAUUUCAUAUGGUUUUCCGAACUCAAUAAUAAAGGCGUUCAUAUUUUGGAGUAUAAAACUAUAAAUUAUCCCUUCCGUGCUCUUUUUCGGUUUUCUAAGCAUUCGUUUCUUCUCUCUCCUCAUUCACUGUUUUCCUCUGUUUCAUACGCGCCGGAAAACCUCUUUCCUCCGGCCGGUAAAUUAAUACGAUUACGUGCGGCCAUAUUCUGUCACUCCACAGCAAGCUGGUUAACCCUUUCCAAUCGGCGCAUUUUUAUUUUUCAUUUUUUUGGCCGUGGUUGGUCGUGGAAGCGCUUGGAUCUCUCUUUUGAGCUGGUUUCACCCUUGUACUCUUCGUUCUUCGAGAAUGUGGCGAGUCUGGUUAUCUUGGAAGGCUUUAUUUUAAUCUGUAACCAUAAGGAUCGUGAUCUAGGGUUUACCUCUGGGAUUUAGAUUUAGUUUUUGGUUGUUUUCGCGAUUUCUACUUCAAGUGUACAAAGACGGAGACCUACAGGGAGCGACUCCGUAAUGAAAUGGUGGAAAGAAGACUUUCUUUAUCCAAGGAAGUUAGACUUGGGCUAGAAUUCUUGAAGCGUAAAAGGCUUCAACGGGCAAAACUCAUUACUGCCCCUGAAACAACUGUUGCUAGCACAAUGACUAGAAGUGGGGGAGAUGCUUUAAGAGCUUCAGCUUCAUGUGGUGCCCGAUUGCAUGGCAAUGCAGAUGUCUUCUCCAAGCGGAAGGUGGAUAAGUUUGAGACAAGUGAUCUUGAAUGGACUGAGAAAAUUCCAGAAUGUCCUGUGUAUUCUCCAACGAAGGAGGAAUUUGAGGAUCCGCUGGUUUACUUGCAAAAGAUAGCUCCAGAAGCUUCAAAAUAUGGCAUAUGCAAGAUUAUUUCACCUUUGAGUGCUUCUGUUCCUGCUGGAGUUGUUUUAAUGAAGGAAAAAGCAGGAUUCAAGUUUACAACUAGAGUACAGCCUCUUCGGCUUGCUGAGUGGGACACUGAAGACAAAGUCACAUUUUUCAUGAGUGGAAGCAAUUAUACAUUCCGUGAUUUUGAGAAAAUGGCGAAUAGAGUUUUUGCACAUAGAUAUUCUAGUGCUGGAUCUCUUCCUCCCACAUUUAUGGAAAAAGAGUUUUGGCAUGAAAUUGCUUGUGGACAGAUGGAAACUGUUGAAUAUGCGUGUGAUGUUGAUGGUAGUGCUUUUUCAUCUUCUCCUACUGAUCAGCUUGGGAACAGCAAAUGGAAUUUAAAGAAAGUUUCACAGUUGCCCAAGUCCAUUUUGCGCCUCUUGGAAACCACAAUUCCGGGAGUAACAGAACCCAUGCUAUACAUUGGAAUGCUCUUCAGUGUGUUUGCUUGGCAUGUGGAGGAUCAUUAUUUGUAUAGUAUAAAUUAUCAUCACUGUGGGGCAUCAAAAACUUGGUACGGCAUUCCAGGUCACGCAGCAUUGGAUUUUGAAAGGGUGGUGAGAGAGUAUGUGUACUCUAAAGAUAUUCUUUCAAGUGAUGGGGAAGAUGGAGCCUUUGAUGUUCUUCUGGGGAAAACAACUCUGUUCCCUCCAAAUGUUUUGUUGGAUAAUGAAGUCCCCGUCUAUAAGGCUGUUCAAAUGCCAGGGGAGUUUGUAAUAACUUUUCCCAGAGCAUAUCAUGCUGGAUUUAGUCAUGGUUUCAACUGUGGAGAAGCAGUGAACUUUGCAAUUGGUGAUUGGUUUCCUUUAGGAGCUAUUGCUAGCCAGCGAUAUGCACAUCUUAACAGGAUGCCUCUGCUGCCUCACGAAGAACUUCUAUGCAAAGAAGCAAUGCUUCUUCACACAAACUUAGAACUUGAAGAUUCAGACUUUCCCUCUGCAGAUCUUUUGGCUCAUAAUUGCAUAAGGAUUUCUUUUGUGAAUCUAAUGCGCUUUCAGCAUUGUGCUCGUUGGCUCCUAAUGAAAUUAAGGGCUUGUUCGAGUGUUUCUCCACAUUCCCACAGCACAAUUCUCUGUAGCCUCUGCAAACGCGAUUGUUAUGUUGCAUAUGUAGACUGUGAGUGUCGCAUGCACCCGGUGUGCCUUCGCCAUGAAAUUGAAGCUCUUGGCUUCACCUGUGGUAGCGAACACACUCUUCAUGUGCGGGAGGAUAUUAAUGAUCUGGAAGCUGCAGCCAAGAGGUUUGAGCGGGAAGAUGGAAUCGUGGAUGAGAUUCUUAAGCAAACCAAGGGUGACAAUAACAUGUAUUCAUAUCCUUUGUCAAAUAUGUUCCAGAGAGCUGAAGCAAAUGGAUAUACUCCUUACUGCGAGAUAGAAUUUGAUCCUGUUAUUGAACAUUAUUCAACCCCAGAUCAGGCAACAAGUAAUCCAGAGGGCAAUUUACAAAGUCAACUUGUUUUGAGCCAUUGCCCAGAUGUUCAACCAGGAUUUUGCGAGGCUUCUUUUUCUUCUGCUGCAUACACCCUCUGUUCUCUUUCAGAACCUAUUGAUAGCUCUCCUCCUGUGAAAAAUGACGAUGGGCAUGCUUAUUUUACUUCAGGCUCUAUUGACUCUGAACAAUGUUUUGAAGGAGUGUCUAAUAGCACAUGCCAAUCUUUACUAUCCUCAGCGCGCUAUCACGACAUCUCAAGCAAACCUCAGCGCGAUCUUGAAUUCGAGACGACACCCGUUGUAGAUGAAGAGGAUAACGAUUCUGAUUCAGAAAUAUUCAGGGUAAAGCGGCCAUCUUCUCUGAAGGCAGAGAAGAGAAAUUUGAAUGCUACCAUGUCUUCCAAGCAUUUUGACCAACAGGGGCUUAAACGAUUGAAGAGAGUUGUUCAUGAAGGAAGUAGCCCGCCGCAGCCAAUGGAUUGCAGUAGAAGCAGUGAUUCAAGUAACAAAUUUAGUCACCCGAUAAAACGGAAAUGGGAGGGUGAAAGAUCGGUGAAGGACAAAUUUGCAGGGGGAAAUAGCAUCCCCAUUUCUGUCAGGUAUAAGAAGUUGGGCAGUGAGGGAGUUAGUAGAGAACGAGACAUGCACAGGAAAGAUAGGUUCCAGCAGGCCAUUGGCGAACGGCCUCCCUUAGAGAUUGGGCCCAAGCGCCUUAAAGUCCGAGGCCCUUCGUUGUUGAGCUUAGAGGGUCCCGGUUUCGCCCCAAAAUGGUAGCACGCACUGGCUAGGCCUACACAUUUCAAGAGUCUGACUCCGCUAACAUCAAUCAGCUAAUGGGCUUUUCUAACCACACGAGAAAGAAUUUUCAACAUGAUUGAUUCUGGAAGCAGCGGCAAAGAUAUUAACCAUUUAGGAUAUAUAUAUAUAUAUCACAUUCUUUUUGCAGGGCCUAAGAUUCGGGCAAUCUGCAUGGGGCGCUGAUCCCUUGGGUUCUUCCGGCCUUGGUGCUUUUCUUUUUCUAACUCUGCUCUGUUGCAGCCAUUCUGCAAGCUAGAAGUGAAACCCCACCCCCCUUCCCGAAACCCCAAAAAAAGGAAAAAAAAAAAAGGGUCGGUCUGGUGAAAACCCAUGUAAAUUUGUUUUAUUUAGGUCUCUUAUUGUUAGGGUCUCUCCCAUUAAUAUCUGAUUUAAGUGCUUUCUGCUGCUUCCCUAGCUGAUGUUCAUCCAUUCUUUUUGUAGCAAUAGGUAUCUUGUUGUACCUAUAACUACUUGAUUACAAAUUAUCUCAAUUACUUUA